UGAUCGCCCGUCAUACCGGAGGCAGCGCUGCUCCGUACUCUGUCUCCCUCAGACAGCGGACAGGACCUGGCGGAUGUACCGAUGGCUCCCCUUUCCGCUGACGUUCCCGUGAUGUUGGCGUGUGUUUCGGCUUGUUGUCGCCACCUCGCCGGCGGUGAGUCCGGUCAGACCGACUGACGGUGGAUGUGAGACCCCGGCGAUGCGCUCCGGCUUCUGGCUUCUGGCUUCAGGGGUUGAAGGCGCUUUAAAAACACCUCCAUCAGUGCCCGAGGUAGAGAGCCGACUGGUUGAUGCAUCGGCGGACAGUUGGAGCUGCAGACUCUAAUUCGGAGUUUAACAAGAUAAAGCUGUACUCUGCGGCGCAGGAUGACCCCUGGAUGUUGGAGGAACAGAAAAGGCCUGCGAAUGUAGAGCUGUCUGGUGGGUCCCUCACUGCUAUGAUCCUGAGCACCUCAAGUUUUUGCCUUCUUGAGUUUUGAAUCUCGCCCGGUUCCUCGAUGGGUUCCCGCAGCCAGAGCUUCUUCCACAACCACCAUCACCACCACCAUCGCAGCUCCAUGGUUCCAGCCACCGUGCCAAGGCUGCUGCCGGAGAGUGGGAGUCUGCUGGGGGGCAUCGCCCAAAUCACCCCAAACCUCUUCCUCAGUAGAGGCAACGUGGCGUCCAACCGCAGCCUGUUGCUGUCUAAGGGCAUUACCUGCGUGGUCAACGCCACCAUUGAGUUGCCCAACUUCAACUGGCCACAUAUGGAGUACGUGAAGGUCCCCCUGGCAGACAUGCCCCACUCCCCCAUCUCCUUGUACUUCGACAGCAUAGCCGACAAGAUCCACAGCGUGGGGCGCAAACGAGGGGCCGUGCUGGUGCACUGCGCAGCCGGGGUGAGCCGCUCGGCCUCGCUGUGCCUGGCGUACCUCAUGAAGUACCACCGCGUGUCUCUGGCCGAGGCCCACGCUUGGGUCAAGGCCCGCCGUCCCAUCAUCAGGCCCAAUGGCGGCUUCUGGCGCCAGCUGAUCGAAUACGAGAGGAAGCUGUUCGGCAGGAACUCUGUUAAGAUGGUGCAGACACCCUACGGGAUCAUACCCGAUGUUUACGAGAGGGACCGCAGGACCCUCGCUCCUUACUGGGGCCUGUGAGCGUCUGCGCUGGCCAUCCGUCCGCAGUGAGGGAUAAAGGUGGAAAGCGAACCCCGUUUUUUUGUCCCACCUGAGCUGCAGGUUUAGGCCUGUUCUCGUCGGGUGAAGUGAGAUGUGUGAGUGUAGAUGUUUCUGAAGCAUAUUUACUGAAAAUGAACAGAGGAAAUUUGAUGGUGCUGCAGUCUAGUCUUUGAGUUGGGAGCAAAGCAACUGAAAGCCCAGAAUCCAUCGAACCGAUGAUUGUCGGGUAACACGGAUGUUCUGGACUGAACGCCCAGAGCUCAGAGUGGUCGGAUGGUACUGUGGUGUGUUUCCCGGUGUGUUUUCCCACUUCCAGAGGAGGCGAGCAUUUUGAGGGCGGGGGUUUGGGGGGGGAGGUGCUCGAGCCUCUGCAGUGCCGACAGUGAUGUCCCUUUCCUGACGUGGUGUCAUGUGGUGAUAUUGUGUCAGUUUCCCAGUAAUAUUUAAUGUGAAGGGCAGCAGCAUGCUCUGAAUUCAUGGUAGCAUUAAAGAAAAGUGUGCAGAAAAAUAACACAAUGUAUCGCAAUGUGCUGAUGGGGGGGGGGGCUUACGGAGCACUUUACUCAAACAUUCAAAGAUGUUACAUCUAGCUUUUUACAAAGGAGAAAUUUGAAAACACAAAAGCUAGAAAUGAAGGUUUUAGUGAAAGCUCCUGUGUAACACAGGGUUGACUGUCCCGUCCUGUGACCACACUAUGUUAUUGUAGUGCUACUUGAUGCUCUAAUAAAAAUUAUAUCUGCUGCUUUACAUGGACCGGUAGCUUUGUGGUGAAUAUUUCUAUCCAAAACUGUCAUGUAAACUGUUUUUUGACUUUGUGCAACAUACUACUGUGAUGACACAAGCAUAGAUAUGCAUGUCCUCACCCCUCAGGUCGUAUUUUUUUGUCAUCAGCCACUGGAAUUUCAGGAUGUCCAUUUUUCCAAAAUGGCUGUCGUUUUUGAGUCUUUUUAUGUCUAUCAAAAAUGUUACUCAUUAAUUGAAUGAAGUUUAAGCCAUAUCAUUUCCAGUCUGGUCAGCUAUUCAUACAAUUUUAAAACAACGACAUGUAGCAAAAUCAGAAACUGAGGACUUUGCUCUUUGCGAGACUCACACCAGACAAAAGAGAAGAAGAUGCGACACUGACUGAGAGACGGUCGUCUUAAUGGCUAGCAUUAGCUUAACUGUUGGGUGUUAACUGAGCUAGGGUUUUAGUUUAGCCAAUUGUAUUGAAUGAACCUAAAUUUCACUGCGUCUCAUUUGGACUCAUUCUCAAAGUUAUGACAUCAUUUGAACAAGUUUUCGACAUUCUGCUGUAAUAUUUGUCAUUUCAGCUCAUUUUGGAAGUCGUGCUAUAUUCUCGUCAUUUGGGUGACAUCGUUCUGAACUUUCUUUUGUGUUUGGCAAUUUUCAAAGUCAAUGUCUCCGUUUAGUAUGACGUUCAAAAGGAGCAAAAGUGUGACAUUUUAUUUAUUUAUUUUUUUGAUUUGAAUUGAAUUUUUUUUAUUUACUCUUAUUUCCUUUUUAGGAUUUGGAUGUGUGGAUGCUUAUUUGUACAAAACAUUAUUGAAAAGGAUGUGUUGCAAAGAAUAUUAUUUGAGAUGGGCUCUCAUGUUAAAAUAAAUCUACAUUAGGAGGAAACUUUAACCUGCGCUGAAUUGGAAAUAUUUUAGUAAAAUACAUUGAAUUACAAGGUUUUACAGAACACAUUAUAUUACAUUAUUUUAAUAAUAAUGGGUUGCUAUGUAAAGUGGACCAGUCUGAGAAAAUGAGUCCCAUUCUGCUCACAAUAGUGUAAAAUUCAGUGGUUGGUUUGCAUGCUGUCUUCUUGCUACAACAAGAUAUUUUCCUCCUAUCUAGAGCAAAACGCAUGAGAAUUAUUGGCGUAGCAAACAGAACCCGUCUCACCGCUUUGGACGAGUUGUUCUGUAACUGGGCGAAAUCGAUGACACUGAUUGGUGUGAAGGUAUUUCGUCUGAAUCACAUUUCAUUCCUGGGCAAAACUACGGCCUCAUAAUGCGAUUCCAAAGC